GGCCCUCUUGUAGAAAACAUAUUGACGCACAGGCGGAGAUUCUGAGGCUAAGACUGCGCAUUAAGAUGCCACCCAUCGUCGAGGUUUGCCCGACUUUCUCAUGGCAGCAGAUCACCUCCCUGAUCGUGGUGCAAGCCCUGCAGUCCUGCUACAGGCCCCUCAAUUGGCUGGGUUCCAUCGUCGAAUGGACCAUCAACUUCUUUCUCCUCAACGGCGGGCUCUUCCGUCUGCUCUUCAAACUGUUCACCUUCCAAUGGGGUCGCAUCAUAUUACCCGAUCCGACCGCGGACAACUUCUUGAGCUGCGUGGGGGCGCUGGAUCCCCGUUGCGACUUGUACGUGGACACGUCGAGACCGGGCAAGGCUUCCAGCACUCGAGCAGACGCAGUAGUUUUCCCAGAUGAGAACGUUGGCUCGCGAUCCACCGCGGAUGUAUGCGUCAUGGCGGCAAAGCUGGCAUACGAGAAUCCAGCUGUUGUCAAGCGAGUGGUAAAAGACAUCUGGAAGUUGAAUUUCGUCAAGUUUUCCGAAUGCUGGAACGAGCAACAGCAGAUGGUCAAUACGCAGGCAUUCAUCUUCACCGACAAGCCCAAAGACGCGAACGCCGUCGUGGUGGCCUUCCGCGGUACGGAAGCAUUCAAUGCGUACGACUGGAGCACCGAUCUGGACUUCACUUGGGUGAAACUGGAUCGCCUGGGCUACGUCCACCAGGGGUUUCUCGAAGCGCUAGGGUUCAUCAGUCGCAAACAUCCUGAUACGAUUGAGAGGCUGAACACGAAUGCAAUUGAAUCAAGCGAAGCGACCGAAGCGCGAGAACAAGCCGAGGCAACUGCUACCCGUACCCCCGUCACCCCGCAUCGCCGAUCCAAAGAGGAAAUCGAAAAAGCCCCCCCAAUUUCCGGCCUCGCCCAAGGCAUCAUUGACGAUCCUGCCAAGGAGCAGGCGUACGACGCCAUUACGAAACGGGUGGGGCUUAUCCUCAAUGAAAAUCCCAGGGCCAAGCUCUUCAUCACGGGACACUCUCUGGAGGCGCACUCGCCUCCCUCUACGCCACGAUGCUCCACCACACCGGCGAGACCGAGAUUGCCUCCAAGAUCGGAGCCGUCUACACCUUCGGCCAGCCUCGUGUCGGCGACCAGGACUUCGUCAACUACGCGAACUCCAAGCUCAAGGGCAAAUUUUUCCGCGUCGUCUACUGCAACGAUGUGGUUCCUCGAGUCCCGUUCGACGACAUCGUCAUGGCUUACAAGCACAUCGGCGACUGUAACUAUUUCAACAGCGUGUACAACGGAAUCAUUGUUCAGGAAGAACCCAACCGGAACUACAGCAUCCUGUGGACAAUAAUUGUGCACCUGAACGCAGUGUGGGAGAUUGUCCAAGGCUUGUUCUUUAUCACUCUCCUGUACGGCAAUCAGUUCUCGGAGUCGACGGUGUGCCUGCUGUUCACCAUUCUGGGAUUGGCGAUUCCGGGAUUCGCCGCGCACAGUCCAUGCAAUUAUGUGA